AUGUCGAACAAGAAGAACGAGGAUCUCGAGAUGAGCGGGAUGGAUGAGAAAGAGUUUGGUGAGCGGGACAGCUUCCUGAUGAAGCCUGCGCCCCAUCACCGGGCUCGCGUCGAUAGCGGCAUGGGUAGCAUUCUCUCCCAACUCGAGAACAGUCCCGGUGCUGCUGCUCUGGCCUACUGCGUCUCCUCGAUCAGCAUGACAGUCGUGAACAAGUAUGUCGUUUCGGGUUCGUCCUGGAACUUGAACUUCCUUUAUCUGGCAAUUCAGGCCGUUAUUUGCACUGCUGCAAUUCUAGUCUUGAAACAGAUGGGUUUGAUCCCUAACCUCGCUGCCUUGGAAAGCAGCAAGGCCAAGAGAUGGCUCCCCGUGUCUGUGUUCUUCGUCGGCAUGAUCUACACUAGCACAAGGUCUCUUCAAUUUCUAUCUGUUCCGGUAUACACUAUCUUUAAGAACUUAACCAUCGUCGUCAUCGCCUAUGGUGAAGUCCUCUGGUUUGGCGGCAAUGUCACCCCGCUGCUUCUGCUGUCGUUCGGCUUCAUGGUGCUCAGCUCCGUCGUUGCUGCGUGGGCUGAUAUUCAGGCUGCUCUCAAUGGCGUUGGGCACUCGAGUGAGACUGCCGCCGCUAUCUCAACCUUGAACGCUGGGUACGCGUGGAUGGGGCUUAACGUCUUCUGCACUGCCUCAUACGUCCUGGGCACACGCAAGUUCAUCACUUCGCUGAACUUUAAGGACUGGGACACCAUGUUCUAUAACAACAUGCUCUCCCUCCCGAUCAUGAUCAUCUGCUCCUUGGUCACCGAGGAUUGGUCUUCGGCCAACCUGGCUAAGAACUUCCCUGCCGAGUCGCGCAACAACCUCAUGAUUGGCAUGCUGUAUUCUGGCCUGGGUGCCAUCUUCAUCUCGUACUCGUCUGCUUGGUGCAUUCGCAAGACUUCGUCGACUACGUACUCGUUCAUCGGUUAUCUAAAUAAGCUCCCGCUCGCCAUCAGCGGCAUCGUCUUUUUCGAUGCUCCCAUCACGUUUGGUAGCGUCUCGGCUAUCCUCCUGGGAUUCUUCAGCGGCCUUGUCUACGGUUAUGGCAAAAUGAAGCAGAAGGAGCAGUCCAAGCAGAUCCUCCCUACCUCCCAACCGACCAUGAGCGCCAGCUCUCAGAGCCAGAAGGAUGCAUCCAACUCAUAA